AUGGAUACAUACUGCAAUAUUAUUAACAACAAAGAGAUGAAAAAAGACUUAUGGAAAAAUGAUAUGCAGAUAGCCCAAAAUUCAGAUUUUAAUUAUCUUUCUAUAAAUAAUACUUUUUCUGCUUCUGCAAAUACAAAAGAAAUUAAAAAAGCACCAUCAUUUCCACGUAUUUCAGACAUCUCUAGUACGGAAGUAAUAUCUAAAAAUGACUCCGUGGUUUUGAGGCCUGUGACUGAAAUCCCCACUCAAUUUAGAAAUAUUUUCAAAGAGUUCCCUUAUUUUAAUUUUAUUCAGUCUAAGGCUUUGGAUGAUAUUCUUUACACAGACAGAAAUUUUGUAAUCUGUGCACCAACUGGUUCUGGGAAAACUGUGAUGUUUGAGCUUGCAGUUACCAGAUUAUUAAUCAAAGUGCCAACACCUUGGUUAAAUAUUAAAAUUGUAUAUAUGGCUCCAAUAAAAGCUCUCUGCAGUCAGCGCUUUGAUGAUUGGAAAGAAAAAUUUGGACCCAUUGGACUCAUCUGUAAGGAGCUAACAGGAGAUACAGCAGUGGAUGAUUUAUUUGAGAUACAGCAUGCUCACAUUAUUUUGACUACACCAGAAAAGUGGGAUAGCAUGACUAGAAAGUGGAGAGAUAACUCUUUAGUUCAGCUAGUGAGACUUAUCCUCAUUGAUGAGGUACAUGUUGUAAAAGAUGAGAGCCGGGGUGCUACUCUUGAAGUUGUGGUCAGCCGGAUGAAAACUAUUCAGUCUUCUUUUCUACAAAGUUCUGACAAUCCUAGCACAGUAUUUCCCAUGAGAUUUGUGGCAGUUUCUGCAACGAUUCCAAAUGCAGAAGACAUUGCAGAAUGGCUUUCAGAUGGCAAGAGGCCUGCUGUAUGCCUGAAAAUAGAUGAAAGACACCGUCCAGUGAAGCUGCACAAAGUUGUGCUUGGAUUUCCCUGCAGUAGCAAUCAAACUGAAUUCAAAUUUGACUUAACACUUAACUAUAAAGUAGCUAGUGUUAUUCAAACAUAUUCUGAACAAAAGCCAACACUUGUGUUCUGUGCCACAAGGAAAGGAGUUCAGCAAGCUGCUUCUGUACUAGCAAAAGAUGCUAAAUUUAUUAUGACUAUAGAACAAAAACAAAGAUUACAAAGAUCUGCAAAUUUAAUAAAAGAAGCCAAGCUUAGGGAUCUUCUCAUUUAUGGAGUUGCUUAUCAUCAUGCUGGAGUAGAAGUGUCUGAUAGAAAAAUAAUUGAAGCAGCUUUUAAUAUGGGAGACAUACCAGUUCUUUUUACUACUAGUACACUUGCCAUGGGAGUAAAUUUACCAGCACACCUGGUAGUUAUAAAAUCAACAAUGCAUUAUGCUGGAGGAAUGUUUCAAGAGUACAGUGAAACUGAUAUUUUGCAAAUGAUUGGGAGAGCAGGAAGACCUCAAUUUGAUACAACAGCAACAGCAGUUAUCAUGACAAGGCUAAGUACAAGAGACAAGUAUGUUCAUAUGUUAAAUGGUGCAGAUACAAUAGAAAGCAGUUUGCACAAACAUCUAAUUGAGCACUUAAAUGCUGAAAUAGUGCUUCACACCAUUACUGAUGUGAACAUAGCUUUAGAAUGGGUGAGAUCAACUUUCCUCUAUAUCAGAGCUUUGAAGAAUCCGGCUUAUUAUGGGUUUUCAGCUGAGCUGGACAGAAAUGGAAUUGAAGCAAAAUUACAAGAACUAUGUUUGAAGAAUUUGAAUGAUUUGUCAUCACUUGAUCUGAUCAAGAUGGACGAUAACCUCUACUUCAAGACCACAGAAACUGGACGACAGAUGGCUUGGUAUUAUAUUGCAUUUGACACUGUAAAAAAGUGUUUCAUGAUUAAUGGAACAGCAACUUUAUCUCAACUGGUUGAAUUGAUAUCUGGUUGCAGUGAAUUUUCAGACAUCAAGUUAAGAACAAAUGAGAAAAAAGUACUUAAUUCCUUGAACAAAGAUAAGAAAUGGAUGAACAUAAGAUAUCCAAUGGAAGGAAAAAUAAAAACAAGAGAAAUGAAAGUAAACUGUCUUAUUCAGGCACAGCUAGGAUGCAUUCCCAUACAAGAUUUCACCUUGACGCAAGAUAUAGGAAAGAUUUUUAGAAAUGGCAUAAGACUUACAAAAUGGUUAUCUGAAUUUCUGGCUACCCAUCAAAACAACUUUAUUGUAUUACUUAACGCUUUGAUUUUAGCGAAGUGCUUCAGAUGUAGACUUUGGGAAAAUUCACUCUAUGUAUCCAAACAGUUAGAAAAAAUUGGCAUGAGUUUAUCAAAUGCAAUGAUGAAUGCAGGACUGACCUCCUUUAAAAAAAUAGAAGAUACAAAUGCAAGAGAGCUUGAAUUGAAUGGAAAUAGAAAAUGCAAUCACCACUGCAAAAAUAAAGAAACUUGUGGACAUGACUGUUGUAAAAUUGGAGUUUCAGAGAAAUCUAACAUGAAGAAUGACUCAGCUUUUUCUUCAUAUCUUACUGACUUAAGAAACAGGAAUGCUGAAUCUGCCAUUCCCCCAGUCAAGCGACUAAAGAUGCAGAUGUCAAAUAAAUCUCAAAAAGUCAAUCUUAAACAAUUUAGUUAUAUUCCAAAAGCUUCUCUUCCAGGAUUGCCAAGAUUAGAACAUGGACAACAUCCAAGAUCUCCUUUACCAGAAGACAUCUAUAGUUCUAAUGUCUGUCAAACAUUUCAACUGGAACCUGAAGUUCGCAAAAUAAAUGGUUUCUUUCCUAUCAAGCAGUCUGAUGAAAAGAAUAACCUGACAAUGAGCUCACACGAAAGUCUUGAAGAAUCUUCAAUGAGCAACUUGACUGAUGCAGAUAAAAGCAUCUCUUUGUUUUCUGAAACUUUGAAUGUAAAUUUUGAAUUAGGAAAUGAAAUUUGGAGUGAUUACAAUGAUGGGAAUCACAGCAACGCUAAUAUGCAGAAGUUAAAAGAUCCAGAAAAAACAAAACCUGAUAUCUGUUUACAAAAGUCUUACUCUCCUUCACUGACUCCUCCAUCCAGUAGCAAAUUACUUUUAGAAUGUGGAAAUCAAGAUAUUUUUCGACUUCAAGAAGAAUAUAAUCCACCAGAAAAGCUGAAAAUGGCACAAUUAACUACAACUUCAGAAACAACCUUGACAUCUUACCAAGUUGCUGAAAAGGGAGACUUUUUUAUUACUAACAGAACUAUGACAAAGGGGGCUGAUCUUAGGCAUCAACUUGAUGACAAUGGGGAUAUUAAGCCUUUUCUUGGCAUAUUUGAUGGCCUUUUCUAA